UUGGUAACACUGGCUUGGUGCGAUGACGGGAAGGGAGGAGCUUAGGAGCGGACGGACCGACGGUGUCGAUUGCAGUCUUGAUGUUUUGCUGUGAGUGCCACACACUCGGUGCUCAAAUUCAACCAGUUUAACCAUCUGUUGAGAAGUGUUGAAAAUCGAAGCAGAAGAAAUGGCAAGUUUUGACUUCGGCAAACUGCCCUUUGAUCUCGGCAAACUGCCCUUUGAGCUUGGGAAACUGGGCUCCCAGCUUACCCUUUUACAUUAUCGGGGAGAACAGUGCUUGGAUGAAAUCUUACAGUGGGCUUGGGACAAUUAUCAGUUCGAUUGUAAGGCCUUAAAAGAAUCAAGAAAGUCUGAAGAUAAAGCUAAUAUGAUGCGAUUGCUUGGCAACGAGUGUUACAAGGCAAAGAAUUAUACAAAAGCUUUAGAAUCCUAUAAUCAGAGCAUCUUGGCAGCACCACAUCCAGUAUUGAGUAAUAUCAGAAUGGAAGAGACUGACGGUGAUGCAGAAGAGUUUGGUGUUCCUCGCAUCGACCCUGCAAGGUAUGGUGGCGUGUCUUUAGAACAAUGUAGUGCCCUAGGAAAAGGAUUUGCAAAUAGAUCAGCUAUUCUGCUCGAUUUAGGGGCGUAUGAGGAGUGUUUGGAAGAUAUUGAUCUAGCCUUGGAGUAUGGAUACCCUGAAGAAUUGCGUCCAAAACUAGAAGCAAGACGGUUGAAGUGCCAAGAAGCGCAAAGGCAAGAGGAGACAUCGAACUUCAAACAGAGAGAUUUGCUUGAUGGGAAUCUUGAAAAACUUGUCUUGCGGGACGCCUUGAAGGAAUUUAAGUCCGUCGUAGCAAAGAAGCCUCCAGUGUUAAAAGAUCCUAAUCCAUGCCUACCAGCUUUCAGUAGUUCUGUGAAAGUGUGUCACUGGCCCGACAAAGGGAGAAGAGGCCUUGUUGCAACAAGAGAUAUCAAACCAGGUGAGGUCCUAGGUGUGGAGAGGGCAUUUGCCAUCGUUCUGAGCCAAGAUCGGCUAGCUAUAAAUUGUUCUACUUGUACUAGCAGAUGUGUGAACCCUCUUCCUUGUCCUGGGUGUUGCCAGGUUGUAUUCUGCAGCAGGUCCUGUCAGGUAAAGGGUCUUUCAGAAGACCAUUGGCUAGAGUGCAAGAUCCUGAGCUCGGUACUUGUUCAUGGACUGGAGACACCAGCGUGUUCCUAUAAAGUACUAAGAACGUUGAACUUCCGUCAAAUGAAAUCUAUUUGUGACAAGCUUAAGAAGGAUAAACAAACCCCUCCUGAACAGUUAGGAUUUGAUAGCAGUGGAAAAUACAACUCAUCUUCAUUUCAAGCCAUUUACCAUCUUAAUCAUAACUUGGAAACUUUGUCUCUUGAAAGAGUGAUAUCCUUCUGCAUGGAUGCAUUUCGGUUGGUCAAACUUUUAGAGUUGAGCAAAAGGUUCUUUGUUGAUGAAUCCGGCAAACCAGUACCAGUAACUAGAGAAGACUUUCUGGACGCAUGCAAGAUUCUAGUCAACAACUAUGCCAAGUUUAUUCCGAAUUCAUUUGGAACCCCAGGUCUAGAGGUUAGAGAAUUGUUCCCAGCUAAAAGUCUUAUCAACCACUCCUGCUCGCCUGUUAUGUCUGCUUAUCUUCUUGGUCGAGAGAUGCUCCUCUAUGCUUUAAAACCUAUUGCAGCCGGCGAGGAGCUGACAGUUUCCUUUAUACCUGACUUUAGCGUUCAACCAAAGUAUGAAAGACAAAAAACUUUGGUGUCUGUCAAGGGUAUCGUCUGUAGCUGUCAAGCUUGUGAAGAGAACUGGCCAACUUUGUUACAUCUACCUGCGGUUAGGUGUUUGUGUGUAAAUUGCAAGAAACCUUUUUCAAGUGUGGGAAUGCAUUGCAAUAAAUGUUCAGAAAGACUGGGAGGACAAUUAGAUGUUAAAACAGCUUUUGAACUGGGAAUUAUUUCUGAAAAGGUAACGUCAGCCCAUGAAUUUUUAUGUCGAAUGCAAAAGAAAGUAGAGCUAAGCGAACCCAUAUCAAAACAAGAGUUUAGACGUAUUUGUGGAGCAUUGGAGGUCGUCUUUGAACACACAACAUUGCCUUCUAAAGCGCUUUUAAGCUUCAUGAAGUUAUUGGAUGUUUGUGCUGUAAGUGGAUUGAUGUGAAGAAUGAAGUAUUCCUUAAAUGUUGUAGAUGUGCAAUUUUGUUUUGAUAAGCCUCCACUGGUUAACUUUCAGUUGUCUAUGUAAGAGUUUUAAUUAGUAUCCAGUGGUUAACUUUCAGUAGUCUGUAAUUAUAAGCUCUUAUCAUCAAGGUUAUUAUAUGCACAUUUUUUAGUCUAGUGGAAGAAAGGAGUAUAAAUGUGUAAGAAUUAGAGAUGCGAAAUUUUGGUAUGGAUUUAAUACUAAAGUUAGAAGUCAGGUUUAGUUUCAUGAAAUUGAGCAGAGACAAAUGUUAUGUUUAUACCCCCCAAAAAAAUUUACUAGUGAGUAACAAUGUUAUUAUUUGAGUUGAACGCCAGUGACAAAGGUAUAUAUCGCCCCUGAGUUUCAAAUUCGGUGGCGUGGCGUAUCUUGUAUAAUAAGCUUUUUGUCUUCUGGCCAGCUCAAAUUACUCUAAUCAUUGGCCCAUGUUAGCGCUUGGGUUGUGUAUUUUGUUAAAAAAAAGAAUAUGUUUUUUCUUUUUGGAAUGACCUCUGGUCAUUUUCAAAGAUUCGGUCUUUAUAAAGCUAUAUGAUUUAGUGCUCUUUAAUGCCUCACAUUGGCAUUGCUUUGUAACAGUCAAUUAUCCCUUAACUAUGGUCAUGAUGAAUUCAAUAUUUCUCUGACAAGGAGGAAUAAACUAUGUUCUUAAUAAUUAACCAUUAAAGUAUCCCCUGUA